UGUAAGGAUGGCGCGGGGCUGAUGGAAAUAUGCUUCAAGACAUUUUUAAAUAAUUGUCUACAGCCAAAUUGAAAAUUGCUGCUUGUUUGUAGAUGAGAUUGUACAUACGUCAGAGUGUUGAAAUCGGAACCUGAGCUUCUCUCUGCACUGUUUGGGUCAUCUUACAGUUGGAUAUCUGUCUGUUGUCGCUAGCCGACCACCAUACAUGCAGGAAGUGGGGUAACGUUAGAUGCACUGACACAUGCCCGUUAUUGGUUUUGUUUUGAAGAAGUUUUGCUUUUUAUAAAGCUGAAAAAUGGAGGAUCGCUUAAUGGAUGAACUCUAUGGGGAUCUUGAUAACCAUCCCUACGCUAUGUGUCGACAUGAUGAAGAAGACUCAGUGGACAUAUACUGUGGACUAGAGAGUAGCCCUAAGGGUGAUAAGAAUAAACGUAAAGUCAAUCAUUUUCUUUCCCCGCGGACAAUUGAAUCAAUGGAUAUGUAUGAGGAACUCAUCAGGGAAGAACAAGAAGAGAAGGAGGCAACCUACAAUGAGUUAAAGCAAAAAUUUGAAGAUGCACAGCUACAGGUUAAGGAGCUAAUCUCAAAGUUACAGCUACUGCAGACAAAGAAUUCAAGUUUGAACAAUGAAAACACGCUCCUGAAGAAGAACAUUUGUUCCCUCAUCAAGACUGCUAGAAUGGAAAUUGUACGUAAGGAUGAAGAGAUUAGCAGACUGAGCAAUAGGUCAGGUCGUGGAUGUUAUGGUCAAAUUUUUCAUCAGUCUCCAAUGGAAAUGGGUCAAGUGAACACGAGGCACACUUUGAACAAUACAUCACAUUUUGUUUUAGAACGUAGAGAUUCCAGACAAGACAGAGCUACAAAUGAAGUGAACAAGCCCAAGGGCAGAAACACUGUGUUGGAUAAAGCAACAGCUUCAGCUUUAGCACCACAACCUUUUGUGGUGCUCCAAAGGUGCCCUAGAAAUGAUCUUGAAAAUCCUCUAAAUCGUCAGAACAAAAACUCUGCUGGUAGAUCUGACAGUGAAACUAUUCUGCCAAAGCAAGAGCAUGGACGUGUCGAUCAUAACAAAACAUCAGAUGGUGCAAAACAUCCAACCACGUCCAAAGUUGUAGAUGCCUCAAAUACUCGAAAACCACAUAACGCUGAAUCGACAGUUCCCAGUACAACUUCUGACAGCCUCGGUAGCUUAGAGGACAACAAGAACUGUCCCUCUAGACAGGUAGACAUACUGGAAAAGUCUCAGACAAACACUAGCCGUGACAAAAAAUGCAACUUGCUGGACAAGGAUACAACUCAAAAAGGCCAGAAAAAAGUGGAAAGCAACUCAGGCAAAUCUGGAAGAAUUGAAGGAGAGCUUAUAAAAGACAGCUCUGUGUCUAGUGAAACCACAAAUCAUCCGCCUGAAGUUCCUGUCAUUCUCAAAAGUUCAGGGAGAUCUAAAAGCCCUUCCACCCAGUCCCACAAAGCUUUGUCAUCUGACGGCUCUUCCCAGUCUUCCAAAAGUUCACUUCAGACAGCUGCAGAUAUGGAGACACAGAAUCAAGAGCAUAUUCAAGAUACGGGCAGACCCAGCAAAGAAACAAGACAAUCCGGCUGGAGAAGAACAAUUACUUCUUUGGUGGAUGAGGCUACUCAUUCCCAUAACAACAAAAUGGAGAAACGAGAUUCAAGUGGCCAACAAAGGAAGGAGGAGAAAAGGCAAGCGACAUCUUCCAGUGUAGAAGGAAGGAGCAACAGAACAGAGAGACACAGAGAGCAUGAAAAGAGACCAAAGGAGAGUGGCAGGACUAAAAGAGAUGAGAGUCAUAGCAGAGAUAGAGAAAGAAAAAGCAACAGGUCAGAGGGUAGCAAAGAGCAUGAGCGGAGAAGUGCAAAGGAGGCAGAUAAGAAUGAAGAAAAUAAGAAGUGUAGAGAAGGAAGAUCAAAGAAACAAGCUGAUACCUUGGACACCAGGCAUUCUUCUUCUCCCAAAUGUGAUUCUCAAGAAAAGGAUGUCUGUAAGGGACAAGCAUCAAGUAGAAUUAAUGAGUCUUUGUUAAACAGCAAAAGGUCACACGGCCAUGAUAGCUCUAGAAAGAAAGUUUUUUGUAGUCCUGACAAGAAAGCAAGUUCUGAAAAGUAUUGUGCUAGAGAAAAGGUUAUGCACAAGGACAGAGAAAGAAAGAGAGACAGUGGUUGUGAGGAGCAUACGGUACAGAAAGAUGGAAAAUCAAAAAAUGCAGUUCAUAACAAAGAUCAGAAGGAUUCCUUGCAUAAAAAGGACAGGGUCAUCAGAGAAGGUCAACAAUGUAAGGAUGAUCAGAACAAACACCUUAAAACUAUCCAUACAAAGUCACCAUCAACUGUAGCUAUCAGUAGCAAUUCCAGCAAAACAAAAGAGGAUAAUAGUCCAGACCAAAAACUGAGUUUCAUGGAAACGUUGAACCUCACUUUAUCCCCUCUUAAAAAGCAAAGAUCAUCCUCUGAUCUUAAGAAGCAUGUUGGAGCAACAGCUGAAGAUGCCUCUGCUGACAAUGGUAGAAUAUCUGAACUCUCUGGAGAGGAAAUUCUUGUAAUCGAUAAUUUACAGAACAGCCAGCAAAGUGUUGAGGAGAUAAAUGAAGUCUCUGAGCCCACAACUAUAAUUAAACAACAUGACCGAACCAGUUCCUCCAAACUCUUCAUGGUUGUUACCUCUGAAAAAUCCUCCGCAGAAGAAACCAAUAUGGAGGUACAGGAACAGCAGGUCGUUGAUAAUCAAGAGGCUGUGGAUGAAGUGCCACCCAUUGAUCCAGUUCCAGUGAAGAAAACAGACAAGACAUUAGACAUCAAUGUUUUGGAUAAAGAUUCAUCAAAAUUAAAUACUGCAAAACUCACUCAAAACAGGAUCAGUCAGGGCUGCACGAAAGACUCCACUGGAACCAUAGAUAAUCCUGUUGUUUCUAAUAGUUUGUCCACUGAAAUGUUACAGAAAUUGACAGUAUCAGAUAGUACUCCUUAUUCAAUAGUUAAUUGUCAGAAACAGAAUUUUAUCACCACUGUAUCUGAGGAAACUUCUUUGAUGGGAAUCCAGAGCGUUCCUUUGCCUAACUCUCAGGAUUCACUGCCUGCACAGAAUAGGAUUUGUCAAGAGAAUGUGUCCUCCUCUGACAGAGCGUGUAAUCAUUCCUCUGAGGUUAUUGAAGGUUCUGUCACCAUGGAGGUGUCCUCCAGCACAAAAUCCGUAGACCUUGAUGAACAAAUCACAGUUAUUUGUUAUGCUGCAGAAAUGAGUACUUCUAAACAGGACAAUGAGAGAUCAAGCCAUACACCUAAAAAUCUAAAACCUGUUGAAAUGUUCCAGACAUCUGACAAUCUGAAAAUGACUGAGAAAUCCCAUCAAAGCUCAGCUGCAAGCAUUACUGUAAGAGAGGAGACAACAUCUUCCACGCAGGCUAGUUUCUCAGAGCCAGAUUCCACAGAGAAGGAUGAGCAGAACAUAAAAUCAUCUAGUUCUGAUGUGUUGUGCCACGAUGAAGACUCCAUGAUGCUUACACUUAGGAACAUCAAAGUCAUUCCAGAGGCCAUUAGCCCUCUCACAAGUCCAGUCCGUCAGGUGAAGAGAGUCCAGCCUCAUUGUGCUGAUAAGCAACCGCAUGUCAAGAGUCUUAGCAAAGACCUCUCCACGGCAAGUGAUAAAGUGAACAUGGACAUGAACAAAGAGAACAAGUCGCCAGACUCUUCUGUCACAACUGUCCCCCAAAUGGGGACUGUAGAUGCCCUUUCAGUUAGUGGAACUGAAGAAGAAGAGCUGGAGGACGGUGAGAUAGUGAGUGAGAGUGAGGAAGAGGGACCUCUGUUUAUUCAGACUCCACCAAGAGAACAGGACAAGUCAACCUCAGGAUCUCUUUCAAGUCCAAAGCUAUCUUCUGUUGGCAAAAGAGCAUCCCAAGAGAAAUCUUGCGCCCCUGUGAAAUAUUCAAAUCCUAAGAGCUCAGUGACUCCUCCUUCUAGUACCAGUCCCACCUCAAAUAAGAGACGCUUUAAAACAGUCAGCCUGCCAUUGGUAGCAGCAGUCCUUACUUUAGAUGAAUUUAUGGACAGACUGGCAAAUAUUCGAGUUAAGUUGAGGAGGAAGUAUAUGAAGCUUCACAAAAAUGUCACCUCAACUGCCUUCUGCUGCAUAGUGGAUAUGUCUCAGGCUUCUUUUACAGAAUUUGUCAAUGCAGUUGACUUGGAUAAGUUGUGCCAUCAGGGUAAUAACAUGAAAGGUAAACUUAAUAAGAUUAUAACUUCUAUCAUGAGCAAGGUCACCAAGAAUGGCAUUGUCAACCGUAUCUUUGAUCAGAAAGCUGGAGAUCUCAAGCUGAAAUUGUGGACGUUUGUGGACGGGCAGUUUGACUUCUUGUUCAAGGAACUGAAAGCAGCGCUCAGAAAUAGCUUUGAGCCAUCGGUGAAUGCACGCUCAACUGAAGAUAAAAAUGCAACUCUUAAAGGAAAAGAGGUUGUGGAAAAAGAUCAUGAAACAUCUGUUCACAGGGCUAAGAAAGCCAAAGUUGACACAGGAAACUGUAGCAAAGAGACACCUCCAAUUAAGUUGCCCCCUCCUAGGGGCCUUGGUAGCAGGGGUAAAAAUAUAAAAGCUGUUAUGCAGGAAGAUGAUGAGCCGACAAACAUGAAGACGUCACAACAACUUCCUACAUCAUCGUCUGUAAAGUCUGUCCUCAAAAUGUCUGUCCUGGAAAGCACCUCUGGAUUUGAGAAUAAAAUCUCACCCUGUGUCCGCAGUCUCUCCAAUAAUGGGUUAACACAUGACAAGUCGGAUUUUGACAUUCUCACGGAGCAACAAGCAUCAAGUUUAACCUAUAACUUGGUCUCUGAUUGUCAAAUGGGAGAGAUAUUUAAAUGUUUGUUGCAAGGGUCUGAUUUGCUUGAACCCGGUCUUCCAGUAGGGGACAGUCAAUGCUGGCCAGUCAGCACCCCCCGAAAGGAAGAUGUUCCAGGGGAUAGUUUGAUUGGGAUUAUGACCCCUAACAAGACAACUCCAUCUAAAUUCAGUGCAUCCUGGUCUUCCAUUUCCCCUUACAAGUUUUCUUCUAAUAGCAAAAUGCUCGUAGACCCAGCAAUUCUCGAUGAGAGCUGCUUGUUAGAAGUUCCCUCUAGUUCCAAACCAUCCCGGCUUCCUACACAAUCAACUGUAACCUCUCAGCGAACUUUCUCUAUCCUGGCUGAAGAUCUAGCUGUGUCCCUUACCAUUCCUUCACCUCUGAAGUCGGAAAGUCACUUGAGUUUCUUGCACCCUGGAACCGGACAGCCACUGUCUGCCCCAAAUAGUAUUAUGAGUGCCCAUUAUAGCGAAGAUGCUCUCGAUGGAGAAGAUCCCACAGAGCAGGACAUCCACCUUUCUCUUGACACGGACAACUCCAGCUGUGGGUCGAGUCCUGACAGAAAAUGGGAGGACUCUGAUCCGACCGGUUUCCAGUUUAAACCCAAUUUACCAAUGCAGGCUGUGGUAAUGGAGAAGUCAAAUGAUCAUUUCAUUGUACGAAUAAGACACACAUCUACCAGCCCAACGGAAAGUGGUCAGAAUGAAGAGAAAAUGGAGCCUGUGUUAACUGCAGAGCAACAACCCGCUUUAAACCCAAACCAUUGUCCAUGCCACAAAGACUUGGACCAUACACAUGAAGAGACAGUGGAUGAAAUCCUAGAAAUGUCACUUGAGUCAUGUCACAUUUCGGAUAAACCAAUAGAUGCUCAUCCAUCAAGCCAAAAAUCUCCAUCUGAAGAUGUUUGUGACAGCAAAGCUAAGCAGGUUUCCAGUGAUGCUCUUCUUGAGGUUAGUUCAGCAGAGGUCAAGACAACAGAAGAAAGGGUGUCAAGAAAACGUAAGAAACAUCACUCAGAGCCAACAGCAAAGCGCACCAAAACAGACAAAUCUCAAGAUAAACAUCGCAAGGCAAGGCAUAAAAGAAUGUCGAAAUCCCCCAAAGACUCAAGCCCAAAAGGUGCAGUAUCCCCAGUGUCCUCUAGCAGCCUUUCUGCAAAGAAUGUCAUCAAGAAGAAAGGGGAAGUGGUCGCGACUUGGACCAGGGAUGAAGACCGGGACAUUCUUGUUGAGCUAAAAAUGAAGGGUGCUUCACCAAAGACAUUUGCAGCUUUAUCAAAACGGUUAAAAAAGUCAACAGAACAGAUCGAGGAGAGAUUCACUCAAUUGUUGAAGCUGUUCAAGAAGAAAGAAAAAAUGGAGAACUAAUUUAACAAGACAAGUUUGAAGUGUCAAAAGUCAACAGACAUUCUUUCUGAUACUGAACUCUUGACUUCUAAGGUGGAAAUGUGUUAGAAAAUGUGUUUUUUGACAUGUUUGAGAAAGCACUUACACUUGCGACUCACAAAAGAUCUGCAGUAAAUGGUCUUUUAGCUGAUCGUCUCUUUUCUUUGAUGAACAUUUGGUGUAAGCAGAUACAGAAUUGAUCCUACAUUUUGGAGCGUUUAUAUAAUAAAUAGAGAAAUAUUUUCAGUGUUAAACUCACUUUCGACUGUAACUCCUCUGAAUGUGUUAAAGAUAUAAACCAAUAUCAAAGUUGGUUAAAAACAUAUACUGUUUUAAUUGCAUAAACCCUGUACAAUACUAACCAGUCACUUGUUAAAUUUUGGUAAAGUAAGCAAAAUAUAGCUGUUGCUGUUUUGUUGAUGCAGGCACUUUUUUAAAUGGAAAUAUGAACAUUUUUGUAUUACAAGUUGACUUUUGAGAAGUUAAUAAGGCCUUGUUUUUAGAUCUACCUCGGCAGAAUGCAAAUCUUUUUUAAACUUAUGCUUCUAUGCUAACAGGCCUCAUAAUUAGUUUUUAUCACAUGGCCCUGAAAGUAGACAGAGGAAAAAGCUAUUAGUAGUGCCAUUUUAUUCUAAUUUGAAUCUUUGUUCUGUCAGUCACCCUAAGAAGUUUGGUUUUAUAACAUUAGUAACUUCAGAGUUACAUGUUCUUUUCUUAUAACGGCUUAUAGGAUUUUCCCUUGUAUAUAUGUGUACAUUUUUUCAGAGACAGAAAUCUAGUUAUGGGAACUUUUCUUUAAGAAUUAUAUUUUGUUUGAAAAUAAAAUGUGUAAAAUUUGAAGUUCUAAAAAAUCUUGCAAUGUUUCAAAAAUA